UUGUUUUGUCGUCGCCAUUUGUAAAGCAAAUUUUUGUGGAAGCAGAUCUGCAGAAGUUUAUUUUUGCUUUACGAAGAAUGACCAGUAUCGGAGAUCUUUUUACCAAAUAUAAUUGUACUAAUUGCCAGGACGAUAUCUCUGGCAUUCGUGUACAUUGCGCGGAAUGUGAAAAUUUCGAUUUAUGUCUUCAGUGUUUUGCUUCUGGUGCAGAAAUUGGUGCACAUCAAAACAAUCAUGCAUAUCAAUUUAUGGACACUGGGACAGCAAUUUUGUCUGUAUUUCGUGGUAAGGGUGCUUGGACGGCUAGAGAGGAAAUAAGGCUGCUGGAUGCCAUAGAGCAAUACGGCUUUGGUAACUGGGAAGAUAUUAGUAAACAUAUUGAAACCAAAUCAGCAGAAGAUGCCAAAGAAGAAUACGUGAAGCGUUUCGUUAAUGGGACGAUCGGUCUUCACACAUGGACACCCGCACAAUCACAACGGCCCCUCUUGGUGGAUCACACGUCUGAAGACAAUGGUCCAUUGGGUGCCACGGCAUUACAACGUCUACCGCCUUUGGACAUUACCACCGAGGAAGCCGCUCAGUUGGGAUACAUGCCAAAUCGUGAUGGUUUCGAACGAGAAUAUGAUCCGACAGCCGAACAGCUAAUAUCAACAAUGGCUCUCAGCACCGAAGACACCGAGGCUGAUUAUUUAUUAAAAUUGGCACAUGUUGACAUGUACACCCGUCGAUUGCGUGAACGUGUACGACGUAAGCGCUUAGUGCGUGAUUAUCAGUUGGUAGCGAACUUCUUUCGCAACCGUAACUAUGCUCAACAUCCAGGCAUGACACGGGAGCAAAAAGAAUUUCGUGAUCGCUUUCGAGUUUUCGCGCAAUUUUAUACAGCCAACGAAUAUGAACGGCUAUUGAUGUCACUUGAACGUGAAAAAGAGUUGCGAAUACGACUAGCAGAACUAUGUCGCUAUCGCUACAACGGACUAACGAAAAUCGAUGAAUGCCGACACUUUGAGCAGCACGCAGCAAUGGCACUGAAUCGCUCAACUGGACCAUACGGCCAUGGAAAGACUGACAACACGCAUCUCAGCAUUGGAAGUCGUCGGCAGCUAGGCUCUUCCUUACACUCUCCACAGCCCAACAGCAGAAAAGUCGAGCUGUCAAACGGAAGCGAGGCAAAUCUAAAUUCAAUCGCGUCAAGAAACACGCCCCACAUCGGCGACCUGAUCUCCUCCGGCGCAUCAUUGCACAACAGAAACUACUUGGAUAGCUGUCGGGAAUCGUCGGUUCAUACGACGAUAUCGCCAGUGGGGAUGACAGUGGGAGCGGGCAUGAUGAACACGACGAUGACAACAGCAAAGUUAUCGAACGGAAACCAACAACCAUUGGUUGCAACACAACAACACACAACAAUGAUGACAAUGAAAAACCAACAACCACCACAGCUACAAAUAAACGACGUCGCCGUAAGCGAAAAACAACAACUGCAUCAGCUGCUGUUUCAGGAAAAUAGUAAUAAUAAUAAUAGCAAUAACUUUGAUCUAAAGCCGCAGCAUUCGCCUGUUACAAUACCCAUGAGUAACAUUUUGCGCGCACAAUUGGAUGAGCUGAAACAUCUCCCACAAGCGUUGGGAAGCGAUUUGCUCUCUAGCAACGAACAACAAGUUUGCAAAGACUUCAACCUACCGCCAACAACAUAUUUGUCACUGAAGACAUUACUGCUAAGCGGAGCGCCACUUGUUAACAAUUUGUCGCCAGUUGAAAAUUCCCUACGAAAAUACUUUAUCAAAGUAGGUUGGUUAAGUCACUAGAUUAAAAAAAAAAACUGAAAAGCGCAUUUGUAGAAACGACUAUGGGAAACUUUUAUGA